AUGUUCGAUUUUAAACACAUCAAACCAUUUGACGAUUCCGUUGCAAAUGAUUUCGGAGCGAUGGUGCUAUUCUCCACCCCAGGAAUGCUUCACGGUGGACAAAGCUUGCGUGUUUUUAAGCAAUGGUGUCAUGACCCAAAGAAUAUGAUUAUCAUGCCGGGGUAUUGUGUGGCUGGAACACUAGGCGCAAAAGUUAUUAACGGAAUGAAAAAGGUUGACAUUGAGGGAAAGACUUAUGAUGUCAACUUGGGUGUCGAGUACAUGUCAUUUAGCGCUCAUGCAGAUGCUAAAGGAAUUAUGCAGUUAAUAAGAGAUUGCAAGCCACGACAUGUAAUGUUUGUCCAUGGAGAGGCGGCAAAAAUGGAAUUUCUAAAGGAGAAAGUGGAAAAGGAGUUUCGUCUGAAAGUAUCUUGUCCGGCAAACGGUGAAACGGUAUCCGUAUCGACUGAGAUUGGCAAGGACAUUAGCGUGCCGAUGGAAAUGGUAGCCCGAAGCAUUUCAUUGGAUCCAACACCGGCAAAAAGAGCGUGCCCAUUUCGCGGAUGCAUUAUCGUGGACCGACAAUAUAACGAUAUUGAAGUUGUUUCAUAUGAAACAGUCGCUAAACAGUUUGAUGUUCCGCUGCAUACGAUAACGCUCAGUCAAAAGAUCACGGGGAAAGUUUCAUGCAUCGAUUGGGACAAAAUGGCAAAAGCUUUGAGCAAACACGACGCGGAGUUACAAGCAAAACAAGAUGGAAUCGAAAUGUUCCACGGAGAGAUCUGUGUAAUGCCAGUUCGAAGACAGCAUAAUCAGGUUGAGUUAAUGUGGGAUGAAUCACGCGAACUAUGGAAACCGGUUAUUUUGGAGGAAAUUCAACGAGUCAUCGAAGCCACAGCUAUG